UUUCCACCCAAUGUUCAAUCCAAGUUCUCAAUCUCGAAUAUGGAUCAUCUACACUUCAAAAUAAUACUGUAUUUUUUAAUCAAAGGUUAGAAUUAUCUGUUGAGGAUGUGAAAUCUUAUUCUCAUCUCUAUUUAAGUUGAAGUGUUGAACACUGUCUCAUCAUCUACAUAAUCAUAUUCAAGUCUCGUUGGUAAGUCUUUGACUGCAACUCUCAUCUCUUAUAUUUACCAAAUACCAAGUUACUUUCUUCUUUUCAUUCUCUCCCAACAGUGAGAACCGUACUUCCAGUGGCUGUGGGCUACUUGAUUGAUUGAUAAGAUGCGUCGUAAUAAUAUCGAAGAUAGGUUACUCUCUUGGAGAUCCAAGCUCCUGCGAUCGUUUAGGGCCCUGUUGGGUUGUGGGCCAUCUUUUGGUCCAAGACCGUUGGAUCAGGGAGGUAAAGCUUCAAGCUCUUCCGGUCUGAACUCGUUGGAUCAGGGUUUCAAUAGCAUCCAAAGCAGCACGUCAUCUCCGCGGAUCUGUAAAUACGAUGUGUUUAUCAGUUUCAGAGGUAGUGAUACUCGCAACUCUUUUGUUGACCAUCUUUUUGCUCAUCUCUCCAGGAAAGGUCUUUUUGCCUUUAAGGAUGACAAACGGCUCGGGAAAGGAGAACCCAUUAAAUCACAGCUUUUACAAGCAAUUGAAGAUUCACGGGUUUCUAUCGUUGUCUUUUCCCCAGAUUAUGCUUCUUCAACAUGGUGUUUGGAUGAAAUGGCUUCUAUAAAUGCAUGCCGUAAAAAUUUGAAACAAACUGUUUUCCCAAUUUUCUAUGAUGUGGAUCCAUCUCAUGUACGAAAACAGAAUGGGGUGUACGAGGAUGCCUUUCUCUUACACACUAAGAGAUUUGAACAAGAUGAAGCCAAGGUUGAUCGAUGGGAGGAAGCUAUGUCGGAUUUGGCAGGAUUAGCUGGUUGGGAUGUCAGGAAUAAGCCAGAGUUUGAAGAAAUUGAAAAAAUUCUCCGCGAGGUAAUAAAAACAUUGGGUCAUAAAUUCUCAGGGUUUAUGCAUGAUGUUAUUGGGAUACAACCUCAUGUAGCAACAUUAGAAAGCUUUUUAAAAUUAAGCUCAGAGGAGGAUAAUUUUCGAGUUUUGGGAAUUUGGGGGAUGAGUGGAAUAGGAAAAACAACUCUUGCUACUGUCUUGUAUGACAGAAUCUCUUAUCAGUUUGACUUCUGCUGUUUUAUUGAGGAUGUAAGCAAAAUUUAUAGAGAUGGUGGUGCUACUGAUUUGCAGAAACAUAUUCUUCGUCAAACUCUAAAAGAAGAAGAUCUAGACAAAUACGAUCCUCUUGAAAUAUCCGGAAUUGUAACAGAUAGGCUACACAAGAUAAAGGUCCUUGUAGUUCUUGACAAUGUUAAUCAAUUAAAGCAAUUACAGGAAUUAGCUAUAAAUCCUAAAUUGCUUCGCGCAGGAAGUAGAAUGAUUGUAGCCACUGAAGAUGAACAUAUUCUUAAAGCGUAUGGAGCAGAUAAAGUUUAUAAGGCUCAAUUGAUGAAUGAUAACGACGCUUGUCAACUUUUAUGCAGAAAAGCCUUCAAAAGUGAUGAUUCAAGCAGCAAUUUUGUAGAGCUGAUCCCUGAGAUAGUAAAAUAUGCUAAAGGCCUUCCAUUAGUAAUUAGUGUAGUGGGUUCUUUUUUGUGUACCCGAGAUGCUCCCCACUGGAUAGACGCCUUGGAUAGAUUGAAGAAUAAUCCAGACAAAGAUAUUAUGGAUGUGCUUCGUUUAAGUUUUGAUGGACUACAACAUGAGGAGAAGGAAAUAUUUCUACACAUUGCUUGUUUCUUUAAAGGGGAGGGAGUGGAUUAUGUAAAACGAAUUCUAGAUGCUUGUGGAUUACACCCUCACAUUGGAAUACAACGUCUCAUUGAGACAUCACUCAUAAUCAUUAAAAAUGAGAAAAUUCAUAUGCAUGAAAUGUUGCAAGAAUUGGGAAAGCAUAUUGUUCGGCAACAAUUUCCCCAAGAACCAGGAUCAUGGAGUAGAUUGUGGCGUUACCUGGAUUUCCAUCAUGUCUCGAUGACAAAAACGGGAACAGACAAGGUUAAAGCUAUAGUUCUAGAUCAAAAAGAUGUUUCCGAAUGUCCUCAGGCGAUUGCAGGUGCGAGUGCGGAAGGAUUGUCGAAGAUGACAAGCCUUAGAUUGCUCAUAUUAAAUCAUAUGAAUUUUUCAGGAGACCUCAAUUUUCUUCCUAACAGCCUGCAAUGUCUUAUGUGGCGCGAUUACCCUUUCACUUCUUUGCCAUCCAAUUUUGAGCCCUAUGGUCUUGUUGAAUUGAAUAUGCGUAAUAGCAGCAUCCAACGAUUGUGGGACGGCCGCAAGGAUCUUCCCUUUUUAAAAAGGAUAGAUUUGAGCAACUCUAAAGAUCUUAUGGAAACUCCAAUCUUUGAUGGGACCCCAAAUCUUGAGCGGUUAGAUCUCACAGGAUGUACAAACCUACACCAUGUCCAUCAAUCAAUUGGAAUUUUGAGUAAACUUGUUUUCUUGAGUUUGCAAAACUGUAGCAGUCUGGUUGUCUUUGAUUUUGGCUGUUACACUAAUUUAAGUUCUCUGAAAGUUCUGGACCUCUCUGGUUGCGCAAAACUUGAAAAAAUGCCAGAUUUUACAAGGGCAUUGAAUCUCGAGUACCUUGAUAUUGAUCAAUGUACUAGCUUAUCUACGGUUCAUCCAUCAAUUGGGACUCGUACAAAGCUUAGAUUCUUAAGUUGCAGAGACUGCACUAGUCUUGUGAGUAUACCCUAUCAGGUUUACACCAUGCAAUCUCUUAUAACUCUAGAUUUCCAUGGCUGCUUUGAACUUAGAAAACUACCCCCAAGGUGGUCUUUAUAUUUUUCUACGAACUUUCCAGCUUUGAUUCUUCUAGAUUUAGGCUUUUGCAAUCUAAGUGAAAUACCCGUUUGUAUUGGAGAGGUGAAGUGUUUAGAAAGACUAAAUCUAGAGGGAAACAACUUUGUUUCAUUACCUUCUACCAUCGGGAGGCUUGAAAGGCUAGCAUAUUUAAACUUGGCGCAUUGCCAUGAGCUUCAAUCUUUACGUGAGCUUCCGUAUCCGCAGGCAAGUGAUUCAUCAGUGGGAAGGUAUUUUGAAACGGCAUCCGGAUCCCGUGAUCAUAGGUCUGGAUUAUAUAUUUUUGAUUGCCCCAAGCUGGCUGCUGCUAGGUUCUGGGAGACUGCAUUUCGGUGGCUUGAAAGACUAAUUGAGGAACCCCGACACUUCCGGUGUGGCUUUGACAUUGUUAUUCCUUGGGAUUGGAAAAUUAUUGAUUCUUCAUCAAAUCGUAUUCUUCCUAGGUGGUUCAGACAUCAAUUUAACGAGGCUUGGUGGUUCAGACAUCAAUUUAACGAGGCUUCAGUAAAAAGGAUAGAAGGUUUUGAUGUGAAUGACAACUGGAAUGGUUUUGCCUUCUGUGUAGCAUUUGAGAUAAACAAUCAUAUUGCGAUGUCUGGUUCACCAGAUUGGUUCUCCUUGUCACGACCACAUCCUUUUUAUCUUUCUUUUGAAAGUGAAUUCACGGAAGAAUGCUUUGAUAUGCCACUCAGUUUGGAACUGAACAAGAUUGUUGGAUCAAAAUAUCUUUGGAUAAUCUAUAUCUCUCGAGAGCAUUGCCAUUUUGUGAAAACAGGAGCGCGUAUCACAUUUAAAGCCCGCCCAGGUCUCAUGAUGAAAGAAUGGGGGUUACGCAUGGUAGUCGAGGAAGACGCGGAUGCAGAAGAAGUCCCCUUUGUCAUUAAUAAUGUAAAAGAAAGCAGCUUGUGUCCUGAAAUCCAGCUUCCCUACAAUUGGUUGGUUACUAAGGAAGAGGAAGACGAGAAUCGUGGAGCCAAGGGCAAAGAAAAUACAGCCUUCCUUCACUUAGGUCAGCCGUAGUGAAACCACACAGCAUCUUCCCCAAGCCCUGAGAUGGUCCCAAAGUGAGAAUGGAAAAUCUGCAGUAAGGGCUCUGAAUUUGGUUGGAUGCAAAUGGCUGAGCCUAUGAUGAAACUAUAUACAAAGGCAACUGAUGGUUCUGGCAUUGAAAUUUGGAAAGAAGGAAGGUGCUUUGUUCUGGCAAUUCUGGGAUGCGGACCUUGGUUUUGGAUCAUCCAAGCAAAGAAAAUGUUAGAUCAUCUAGAAAGUGUUUUAGGUCCGAGCCUGUUGUCGUGAAGAGUGACCAUUUCACUGUUGUCAGUGAAGCCCCAGUAUAUACUUAGGAGCUUCAAUUCAGUAUUUGUUAGAUUUUCUAGAUGAUUGUCUGAAAGGAGAAUGGGAAUAACCUUGAAUUUUCAAUCUAUUAGUGUGAAAUUUUCGUUUGUAAAAUACAAUGCAGAAUUUGAAUUUCUUGUUUUAUGAAUUACUCUUAAAAGGGGAAUAAAUAUCAAGUUUUAAAUUUUUGUUUUAUUUUCCUUGCAUUGUAUCUGAUCCUUAUGCUUUGUUUUUCUGGUUGGAAAUGAGAAAAUUGCCUAAAUGAGCAGAGUUUUUCUGACGUUCAGUUUUAACAAGCCUCAUAGUUUCCUGUUGCACAAAAUUGAUUAUGAAAAGUUCUUGAAUAACUUGGUGAUUUUCAACAUAAUAUUGUAUUAUUGUCACCAGCAAUGAAGCUGGCCAUUAUUGUUUGACUUUGGCAUGACCUCUACCAUU